AUGACUGAUCCCUCCGGCCCCGUGCAGGGCAUAACAGGAGAGUAUACCGGAUCAAGCUUCACGGUGCGGGCCACCAUUAUUGCGCUUCUCAGCUGCGCUCUAUACAGCGCAAUUGAGCUCACUCUACUCAUCUUUUUGACCUUUCGGAGGUACCAUGGUCUCUAUUUCUGGAGCCUCCUUGUCUCGACCGUGGUAGGGGUGAUCCCCCAGGCUUUGGGCUUGCUUCUCAAAUACUUUGCGCUGGCACCCCUGGCGCUUUCAGUAACGUUGUCAACUUUUGGGUGGGCAAUUAUGGUAACGGGACAAUCGUUGGUUCUUUACUCGCGCCUCAAUCUGCUCGUCCGCAAUACAACAGUGCUCCGCUUCGUGUUAUGGAUGAUCAUCGUCGAUGCCAUCAUACUUCAAAUCCCACAAAUCAUCCUCUCCUAUAUGGCCGUGUUCGGGCGCAAAGCCAUCUAUCUAGAAGUUUACAACAUCUGGGAAAGAAUCCAGCUCACGGGAUUUUUUGUUCAAGAGGUGAUCAUCUCGACCAUUUUCAUCGUUCAAGCGAUUCGGCUUUCAUAUCUAUAUCCACUGCACCAGAGCCGGAAGAGGGUCUUGAUGAUGUACCAACUGCUCAUCAUGAAUAUAGGAAUCGUUGUGAUGGACAUUUCUCUGCUAGUGUUGGAAUAUUUGGAUCAGUUUAUUCUCCAAACUGUGUUGAAGACGUUGCUGUAUACGGUCAAGUUGAAAUUUGAGUUUGCUGUAUUAUCAAGGCUGGUUUCAUUUGUGUCGGCACAGCAUGAAAUGAGCAAUGUCCAGGCGUUGGCAAGUGGGACAUCACAGUUGACCGCCCUCGUGGUAGGGGCAGGAGGGGCAGGUCUGCGAGCAGCCCUGGGCCUUGCUCAGAGCGGACUUGAGACUGCGUGUCUAACUAAGUUGUUUCCCACGCGGUCUCAUACAGUUGCCGCUCAAGGUGGAAUCAAUGCAGCACUCGGGAACAUGCAAGAUGACGACUGGAGGUGGCACAUGUACGAUACAGUCAAAGGUUCUGACUGGCUGGGAGAUCAGGAUGCAAUCCAUUACAUGUGCAAAGAAGCGCCACGCGCAAUCCUAGAACUCGAGGCUUAUGGAAUGCCAUUCUCGCGAACCGCUGAAGGCAAGAUAUAUCAGAGACCGUUAGGAGGUCAAUCACUGAAUUAUGGAAAGGGAGGACAAGCGUUCCGGACUGCUUGUGCUGCUGACCGGACCGGUCAUGCAUUACUUCAUACUCUCUAUGGACAGUCUUUGAAGCACAACUGUAAUUUCCUUGUCGAAUUCUUUGCGCUAGAUUUGAUGAUGGCUGACGGUAAAUGUGUCGGCGUGACUGCCAUUGACAUGGAGACUGGGACGCUUCAUAGGAUCUUUAGCCACAACACGAUUCUAGCUACCGGCGGCUACGGAAGAGCUUACUUUUCAUGUACUUCUGCUCACACCAGUACCGGCGAUGGUUGUGCCAUGGUAUCUAGAGCAGGUCUCCCUCUGCAAGACAUGGAAUUCAUCCAGUUUCAUCCUAGCGGAAUAUACGGCGCGGGUGUACUAAUAACAGAAGGAGCACGGGGAGAGGGCGGAUUUCUACUCAAUUCGGAAGGCGAACGGUUCAUGGAGAAUUAUGCACCUACGGCAAAAGACUUGGCUAGCAGAGACGUGGUAUCGCGAUCAAUGAAUAUCGAAAUCAGGGAAGGCCGCGGUGUUGGAUCUGAGAAAGAUCAUAUUUAUCUUCAGCUCUCGCAUCUCCCUCGAGAACACAUCCUCGAAAAGUUACCAGGUAUUGCAGAGACCGCGUCGAUCUUCUCAGGUAUCGACAUCACUGUAGACCCCAUUCCCGUCCUUCCAACGGUGCAUUAUUGCAUGGGUGGUAUUCCGACAAACUAUCACGGUCAAGUUUUGGAUGUUGACAGCUCAUCGAAUACAGAGCAUACAGUCCCGGGCCUUUAUGCAAUUGGCGAAGCUGCCUGUGUCAGUGUUCAUGGAGCCAAUAGACUAGGCGCUAACUCAUUAUUGGAUCUGGUUGUGUUUGGUCGCGCAGCUGCACACCACAUCGCCAGCAACAACGAGCGGGGAAUGAAACAUACAUCUGCUCCGGAUGAUAUCGGUAUGUCCUCCUUUGACGAUUUGGAUAAAUUACGCACAGCAAGCGGCACCCGACUCACCGCGGAACUGAGGACAUCCUUGCAAAAAUCAAUGCAAACCGAUGUCGCCGUCUUUCGUACCCAGAAAUCAUUGACUGAAGGUGUCAAGUCCGUACAAGAUAUCGAACGCGCAUUCCGGAAUGAUGUUUGUGUCAAAGAUCGGUCAUUGAUUUGGAAUUCGGAUCUAAUUGAGACUCUUGAAACGCGCAAUCUGCUGACGUGUGCGGCGCAAACUGCCAAAGCGGCGCUGGAACGGAAAGAGAGUCGUGGAAGUCAUGCGCGAGAAGAUUUUAACGAGAGAGAUGAUGAUAAUUAUAUGAAGCAUACAUUGACAUGGCAGCGCAGGGAAGCAGAGGAGAUUAGAGUGGGAUAUCGGAACGUUGUGUUCAAGACGCUGGAUCAGGAGGAGUGUGCGACAGUGCCGCCGAUGAAACGGUCGUACUAG